AUGGACGCCGGGGCAGCGGUCAUUUCUUCUCUUGCUUGGGGGCUUCUGAGCUGCUGUUUCCUCUGCAGCGGGGAUCUAGAGAGCCAAAGGUCCUUGCGCUCUCUGCCUCCACUACCCUCCCAAGCCAAGGCAGGACCUGGGUCUGCAUGGAUGCCCCCAAAGGGGGCUGAAGCAGCCCUGGCUUUUCUCUACUCUGGAGACGUUCAGCAGCUGUCAGGAGCAAACUGCAGCAAGAAGUAUGAAGUUCGAGGGGCCGAAGGCAAAGCUGGAGUCCCCCCAGUCCUACAGAGAGCAGUGGGCACCCUAUCCCAGGCUGCCAACUUUCUCAACAUGCUCCUACAAGCCAAUGACAUCCGGGAGUCAAGCGUGGAGGAGGAUGUGGAGUGGUAUCAGGCGCUCGUUCGGAGUGUGGCAGAGGGAGACCCGAAAGCCUACAGGGCUCUGCUGACCUUUAACCCUCCACCAGGGGCCAGCCACCUUCAGCUGGCCCUGCAGGCUACUCGGAUGGGGGAUGAGACCAUCCUUCAAGACCUGUCUGGGAACAAGGUACAGGAAGAGAAUCCAGAAGAGGAUCAGGAUAGUCCUGUCCUCCAGAAGCGCAUACUGACCAAUGACCUAAGGAGUCUUGACAGUCCCAAGUGGCCACGGGGGGAUGGAUAUGUGGGGGACAUACAGCAGGUGAAGCUAUCUCCUCCCUUCCUGGAAUGCCAUGAGGGCCGGCUCCGUCCUGGCUGGCUAGUCACAGUCUCGGCCACAUUCUAUGGACUCAAGCCAGACCUCACCCCAGAGGUCAGGGGACAGGUGCAGAUGGACAUCGACCUCCAGGAUGUGGACAUUAACCAGUGUGCAGGUGGCCCGGGCUGGUACUCAAACACACACCUGUGCGACCUCAACAGCACCCAGUGUGUCCCUCUGGAGAGUCAGGGUUUUGUCCUUGGCCGCUAUCUCUGUCGCUGCCGACCUGGAUUCUAUGGAGCUAGUGGUUCUAGGGGGUUAGAAGAAAGUGCAACUCAGACUGCCGGGCAAUUUGGGUCCCCACAAGGCAGCUUAGGGAAGCUGCUACGGUGCCAGCCGUGUCCUGAGGGCUGCACCAGCUGUCUGGAUGCCACACCGUGCGUGGUGGAGGAAGCCCUGGCACUGAGGACGGCAGUGCUGGCAUGCCAGGCCUGCUGCAUGCUGGCUGUCUUCCUGAGUAUGCUGGUCGCCUACCGUUGCCGAGGGAGCAAGAGGAUCCGGGCAUCUGGAAUCGUCCUGUUGGAAACCAUCCUUUUUGGAUCCUUACUUCUCUACUUCCCGGUUUUUAUCCUGUACUUCAAGCCCAGCGUAUUCCGCUGCGUUGCUCUCCGCUGGGUACGGCUCCUGGGUUUUGCAGUCGUCUAUGGAACCAUUAUCCUGAAGCUUUAUAGGGUGCUCCAGCUGUUUCUGUCUCGAACUGCCCAGCGGGGGCCGCACCCAAGCAGUGGGCAGCUGCUACGGCGUCUAGGACAGCUCCUGCUGCUGGUACUGGGCUUCCUGGUUCUGUGGACAGCAGGGGUCCUGGAGCCAGGCAUUCAGCACACACCUCUGGUGACACGGGGUCACACUCCCACCGGCCGCCACUUUUACCUCUGUCACCAUGACCACUGGGACUACAUCAUGGUUGUGGCGGAAAUGCUGCUGCUUUGUUGGGGCAGCUUCCUCUGCUAUGCCACCCGGGCUGUCCCCUCAGCCUUCCACGAACCGCGCUACAUGAGCAUUGCCCUGCACAAUGAGCUGCUGCUGUCAACUGCCUUCCACACUGCCAGGUUUGUGCUGGUUCCUUCCCUGCACCCAGACUGGACACUUCUCCUCUUCUUCCUCCAUACCCACAGCACGGUCACAGCCACACUGGCUCUGAUCUUCUUCCCUAAGUUCUGGAAGCCAGGGGCACCUCCCCGGGAGGAGAUCUUGGAUGAAGUGUAUGAGGAUGAGUUGGACCUGCAGCGCUCCGGUUCCUACCUCAACAGCAGCAUCGCCUCAGUCUGGAGUGAGCGCAGCCUGGACCCAGGGGACAUUCGGGAUGAACUGAAGAAGCUCUAUGCCCAGCUAGAGGUCCGAAAGACCAAGGAGAUGGCUGCUAACAACCCUCACCUGCCCAAGAAGCGGGGCAGCUCACGCCAGGGAUUGGGACGCUCUUUCAUGAGAUACCUGGCUGAGUUCCCAGAGGCCCUUGCUAGGCAGCACUCUCGGGACUCAGGUUCUCUGGGCCUCAGCAGCCUGCCAGGCUCUUCUCGACGAAGACUCCUCAGCUCCAGCCUUCAAGAAACAGAGAAGCCACCAGCCCUCCGCAAGACCCGCAGCACUUAUGACCACCACAGGGAGCAUAAUACUCUUCCCUUUGAUUCCAUGCUGAGCCGGACCCUGUCCAAGAAGGCCUCACCAACAGAGGGCCAAGAGUCGGUAGAGGGGCCCCCAGCCCUGGGCUUCAGGUCGGCUAGUGCUCACAAUCUGACAGUGGGAGAAAGACUCCCUAGAGCCAGGCCCAUCUCCCUGCAGAAGUCACUCAGUGUGGUGGCUGGCUCCAGGGAAAAGGCUCUGCUUGUGGCCAGUCAGGCUUACCUGGAGGAAACCUAUCGGCAGGCAAAAGAGAGAGAGGAAAGAAAGAAGGCUGAGGCAGCUAUGGUGAGCCCGGUGCGGAGGCCAUCGACCAGGAGGCUGGACCGUCCUCUAAGGGCUCCUCUGUCAGCUCCACCUUCUCCUGCCAAGAGCAGCAGUAUGGACAGCUCUCAGACCCCUGGGAGGCCUCGUGAAGAGGCUGGGAGAAGGCUGCCUCACCCACCCAUCCGGCAUCAGGUCUCCACACCCAUCUUGGCUCUGUCUGGGGCCUGCCUGGGAGAGCCAAGAAUGUUGUCUCCCACCCCAGCCUCCACAUUGGCUCCGGUUCUGUUGCCAGCCCUGGCUCCGGCCCCGCCCCCCGCCCCCGUUCUGACACCAGUCUCAAAGCCCCCCCAAAGCCCCUCCCUUCUCACUUUCAUCUGCCCCUGGGAGAAUGUAGAACUGCCAGGCAAGAAAGAAAAUGUGGUCCAGGAAGGCCCCGCAGGUCCAGAGCGAAGCGGCCACUCACCUGCCUCAGCUCGUACCAAGAUCUGGAGGGCCCUGUCUGUGGCAGUGGAGAAAAGGGGGACUGGAGAGAGUGAGACCCUCACAGAGGGUGGACAUGCCCAGGGGGAAGCAGAUGAUACGGAUGAGGAAAAGCCCAAGGUCUUCUCAAAAUCUCACAGCCUCAAGACCCCUCUGCAACAGGGUUCCGUGCGCAGCUUGAGCCUGGCCAUCAAAGCUCUGACCCGUUCUAGGAGCACCUACAAAGAGAAAGAUGGUGGGGAGGGCACCCCUGAGGCUGAGAAGGGAAAACCCACAGAGGUGAGCACAGGGGCUCCACCCAGAUCUCCCAGGCUAAGCCGGCCUAAAGCAGUGAGCAAACAGGCUGCCCUUGCCCCCUGUGAGGAUGAGGAGUCCCUCCAGAACCAACAGAAUGCUCACACCAGCCAAAUGCUCCACGUUUGUCAAAAGGAGGGCAGCCGAGAGCAAGAAGAUAGAAACAAGAGAGCGUCCCAGGGUCCAGGGGAGCGGAAAGUUGAGAGAACCGGUAAAAUAGCACUUGCCACAUUGAGGCAAGUUUUGGGGGAGAAAAAUGCUGAGCAAGCGAAGGAAUCCCCUGUGGGAUACCAAGAGGUGCCCAACCUUGCCCUCCAGCCCCUAGGCAGUGCUGACCACAGGGUGGCAGAGGUGUGCCCCUGGGAAGUAACUGAAUUUGAAUCAGGAAUGGGCUCGCCAGAGAGUGUCAACAAGGCCAAAAUCUGCUCCCAGGAGGGGACUGAAGGAGGAGGUCUUGAGAAGAAGCCAUCAAGACAAAUACUAAGUAGAUCCUGGGAAGGGAGAGAGAAAGUCCCAGGAGAGUCAGAGCCUGAAGAUGUGAGUGCCAUUACUCGGAAGAAACCAGAGAGGCUAGUCCGGAGCCAGGAGGCAGUGUGUCCUUGGGAAAGCCCCGACUCUGGAGGUCUAUCUCCUCAGUCGGUGCAUCAGGAUUCUGACAGAAGGCGGGGCCUGUCUGUGGUAGUGAGCAAAGGAGAAAAGCAUCCAGAGGCUCUUUCACCCCAUGCUGCCAAGGCAGAACUGUGCCCGUGGGAGAUGACGGAUGUGGGGGAGGGGACAUCUGCUCAGAGGGUACAGGAACUCCCUGAAGAAAGGCAGAAAUCCCCCAAGAAGGCAACCUUCUGGAGAGAACAGAAUCUGGGUGGAGACCUGGUGUCCUUUUGUCCAUGGGAAAGUACUGAUUUUCGGGGCCCUUUAGCUGUCUCACUUCAAGCCCCAGGAAGCUCAGGGAGUUUUGGCAGUGGCUUUGCAGAGGUGUGUCCAUGGGAGGCAGGAGAUAGAUCUAAUGACAAGAAAGCUGAGGUCUGUCCCUGGGAGGUGGCGGACGAGCUAGCAGGUACAGAAGCACUGAAUCAGGGAACAGAUGGGAAAUCUCUCCCAGGAAAAGAGACGGCCUCCAGAGAGGGGUGCUUGGCAGAGACAGGGGAACAAACUGUGAAGGCAAAACCUAUAGUACAUCAAGGGCAGGAGUCAGUGUGCCCCUGGGAAGAUGAAGCGCCUGAGCAGUCCAGCCCACAUCCAGACAAAUCUUCCUCCAAGGCUGGUGAGAAAUUCCUGAGCCAUGGGGGCAGCCAGGUACUGCAAGUGUGUCCUUGGGAAGCCAUCAAGCCAGAGGAAAAGCAGGCAACACCUUCAACAGCAGAAAUCUGUCCCUGGGAACUAGAUAGACGGACAGAGGACAGGACAUCAGAACACUCACCUAAAGAAGAAGUUCAAAAAGAUGUGGAGAAAAUGCCUGGAAGAGCAAGAAUGCAAGCCCUGGAAGAAGCUGACGGACAGGUCCUAAAGCAGGAAGCCAUCUGUCCCUGGGAGAGCACAGACCAUGCUAGCACCCCACAAAGAGACAGAGAGAAACCCCAAGUCACUCUCCAGAGGCAAGGCAACAUGGGAGGCGUAACUGCUGAGAUCUGCCCCUGGGAUGUGGAAGAGACCGCUGAGAAGGCCAAGAUCUGCCCCUGGGAAGUGGUCACUGGGGCUGGGGAGGAAAGGGCUGUUGGAGCUGAAGCUUCUGGGAUCCCUCCAAAUGAUGCAGGUCAGACUUCUGCAGAUUCUGCACCCAGGAAGGUAGCUGCUAGUGCUACGAAGAAGCCAGAGAGGCUGAGCCCGGAGAAGGAGGUGGUCUGUCCUUGGGACAGCUUGAGUCCAGGGGACUCCUCUCAGCAGCUAGACACUCUGAACACUGAGAAACUAAAAGAUGAACUUCAGGACCAUGUGAGCUCCAGGCCCAUAGAGGUGUGUCCUUGGGAAGCAGAGGACAUUCCUAUCAGUGAAAAAGCCAAGAUCUGUCCCUGGGAAUUGAAUGAAGGGACUGUGGGGAAAGGACUGGAGCAAGAGACAGGGAUCGAGCCAGCACAGCAAAGGAGAAAGAGUCUAGAAAAGGCAGGAGUUCCCUUCCAAGAAGAAGACACAUCAAAGGGGGACAGAAAACUCUGCCAGGAACAGGAAGAGGAAGCUAUCUGUCCUUGGAAGGACAAGGAUUUGAGGAAGCCACCUGCCAAGGUCUCCAAGGUCUCAGACUUGCCCCUCAGCACCAUUAGUCAGGCAGCAGAGGGACAGUCCUUGGAAGCAAGUGACAGGCCAUCAGAGAAGGCAGACCUGAGACAAGACCUGAAGACAGGUUCUCUCCCGGAAUAUACAACCCAAGGAAAAGCUCCAGCUUUAGAAUCACAGGUCUCUAUUGAUAGAGGAGGAGCAAGCUCGGAACUCCAGCCUGUGGGUCUUAGGGAAAGCAUGGUACCGGUACCGGCAGACUCCUCCUCCCAGCCACUCAGCGAGUGUCCUGACCGACCUAGAGCCAGCUCCCAGACACUGGUCAGCGCGGGGGUUGGGCCUGCUGAGGUGUGUCCGUGGGAUGCUCCUGAACCAGAUCUGUGUAUACCCGACAGUGACACCAAGGUUGAGCUCUGUCCCCAGGUGACUGGGAGAGUUACAGAGAUAGCAAGACAAGAUGAAAAGAAGUCUCAAGAGGAGAAAGAAAGAGCCCCUGAAAAGGGAGACCAUGAAGGUGUGUCAGUUCAGAAAACACCACAGACCAGCAACUUUGGGAAGCAGGAAACUCUGUGUCCCGGGGAGAGUCAGGACUUUGGGGUGCAAGCAGCUACAGAUGCUUCUGAUGGAAGCAAAGGGGAAUUUGAGAAAGUGUGUCCUGGGGGAGUAGAAGAGGUUCCUUCUACUGAGAAAGCUGAGAUUUGCCCCUGGGAGGCAGGUCCAGGAGCAGUGGGGGAGGGGGCGUUGGACCUGGGGCAGGAUGGAGAGUCACAAGGGGGCAAAGGGGCUGAAAGACACUUCUUAAAAGCAGCAGAGGCCAUCUACCCCUCAGAAGGCUCAGUGUCAGUGGGGCUCUUCUCCCAGGAAGAUGCUGUGGACACAGACCACCCCAGGGUCAGUCUCCAUGGAGCAAGCAGCCCAGGGAAAGGUAUAGCAGAACUAUGUGUAUGGGAAGUCACAGACCCGGAAGGAAAUAAAAUCAAAGGCACCAUGGCAGACAUCUGUCCAUGGGAGGAAACUAGAGCCCAAUCUGAUGAAUCUAGCCUCCUGGCUUUACCAGUAACCCAGGCAAGUGUGCCUGCUGCCCCUGAGAAAUCAAUUUGCCUCUCAGUACACAGAUCAUUGGAGAGCUUUCUCCCAGAGAGCAAGAGUGUCCGCCCAGACGCCUGCAAGCCACCUGGUACUUUCCUCCUGGAAGAUGUCAAAGAACAAGAACCUUUGGAAUUUGAGCCUGGAGCCAAAUCAGAUCUAGAGCCAAGUCCCAAAGAUACAGAGGCUCCAGAGUCUUUGUCCCUAAUUGAAGACCAAGGACUAAUGGCCUCUGAAUCGCAAGCUGGAGAACUCGGUCCUCCACCUGACUAUCCUUGGGACUGUGAAUGA